UCGACAUCACUCGGGUGUACAAGCUCAUGUCAUCUUCCAAAAUCAGCACAAUCCAGAAACUGCCUGACUGGAGCGUUGAAAAAUCGCAACCUUACAUCGGAAAGCCCUGACCACCAGAAUGAAAUGUAUAAGACCCACCGUUCUUGCCAUGAUGGCGCUGAUCGCAGCGGCAGCCGCGCUGCAAGUUGAAGGCCGCAAAAUGUCGCCGCUCUCCUUCGUCCUCGGCAUGCAGCGACACGACACUCGUCAGGAUCUCACUAAACAACGAGCUCAAUAUAUAGCUAAAGACUUUGUCAACAACGAGCCUGAGCUCACAGAUCCGAGGAUCGUCAACCGUGGUUAUGAUGGUAUUCAAAAUGGUUCAGUUGAAAAAGGAGACUCUAGUAAAAUGGUAACCGACAGAAACAAUGAAAAUGUCAAGGUUAUUGGGUCUCAAAAGACACAUUGGGACGUCUCAAGAACAUACCAACAACUCGGCGAACUCUUCAGUCAGUCGAACGGUGACGGGCUCGGUGCCUUCUACGAACAAACUGCUGAUGAUAUACACUUCGGACUUUACACGACCAAGAAUCCAGUAGAAGAUGAGCGGCUGGUCGCGGCAGACUCAGACUCCCUGACGCAGUCUCACUUCGACGCCAACAAGCAGAGCGUCGUCGUCGUUCACGGUUUCACGGGGAGCUUAAGCGGUUGCCCGUGGAUGGUCGACAUAAAGGAUAGCUUCAUCAGGAAGGACAUGAAUGUGGUCCUGGUGGACUGGGGGGCGCUGUCAGGCAGCGAUCUCAUGUCGUACUUCCACGUUGUUGAGUACAACGUCCCGUUCGUGGGCUUACAGCUCGCCGCGCUGCUGCAGGCCCUCAAGGAAAAUGUUGGCUUAUCGGAAGACAAACUUCAUCUCAUCGGCUUCAGCCUCGGUGCCCACGUUUGCGGAUUCGCUGGCAAGAAUUUUCGCAACAUUUCGAGAAUCACCGGACUAGAUCCUGCAGGUCCGGCGUACCAAUCAGCGGACGAGGACCGCAGGCUUUGUGCCUCGGACGCGAACUUCGUGGACAUCGUGCACACGGACAUGGAGGUGCUUGGGUUCAGCGGCCAGCUCGGCCAUGUUGACUUCUUCAUGAACGGAGGCCUUGACCAGGGAUGCAACAUGUCGUGCAGUCACGCGACGGCGUACGAAUACUUCAACUCGAGCAUCUGGAACAUACCCGUGCUGGGCUACCAGUGUGAUGACGAAAAUGCUUUUGAGAGAGGGGAAUGUUUCAAUCACCCUUCGAACUAUUUUGGCGCCAACGCAAACCCCGACAAGCCUGGAAACUACUACAUGAUGACCAUACACGACGACAUCGUCGGUACGGGCAAACUAGCCCGCCACUCUCUGGCUGAGGUGCAGCUGCCGGCUGGGCAACACAACGUAUCACGGAUACGCGUCAGCUUCACGGCGAGCGUGCCUACGGUGACCGGGGGCACUUUCCACGAAAAGAAGUCCAUCAUAGUGGAUAACAAGGAGACGCUGUCACAAGUGCUGGUGACACCCUUAAACUUAAGUGUGAGAGACGUCACUGUCAAGUUAGGGUUCGAUCCUGCCUUUGGAACUGAAAUAAAAAAGUCUUUCGUCUUACCAUCGAUUUCAUUCCAGGACAUCGUAACUGGCGAGAAAUUCUUCGCCUGCAACGUCACUCUGAAGCCUAUCCAUGGCACGGUCGUGACGCUGCAGGAAGAGCCGUGUGCCGCUCGCUUCUAAACUUUAAUAAAAUAUAAUAGGUACAUAAAAAAAAGUUAGUCAAUGUGCUAUCAAUAUAUGCAAAUAUUGCACUUUCAUCAGUCACAUCAGAUCGGUUCUGAAUGGAUCUGGAGGCAGCAUCUUCUGUUUUAGUAUAGCAACUUAUUAAAAUUUUCUAUGAACGGCAGAAAAAACAAGUUAUAGGUACAACAAUGCUGGUUCUGGCUUAAUUCUUUAUUCACUGCAAUGUUUUUAACGUACACAAAAAGUGACCCGGUGAUUUCCUGUAUUGAUUCAAAUAUAUUAUAACAUUUUAUAAAUGUUGUAUCGGUAAAUAAGACGUUCAUUCAGUUUAAUUACAGUAUAAGCGCAACUUUUAUUGAAUGACCUAGGGUAGAAAAUGCAUACUCGCGAUACUCGUAGAUAAAAAGCCAGUAAUUCAUGUUUUCUGCAGAUUAAGAUGUGCACAGAGAUCCCCGUUUUAAUUGGAGCCUUUUUGCUCUUUUUUUACUUCGUAAGGAUGAUGUACAUGGGAUUUUACAAUUAAAGAGUUCAUGUUGUAAU